AUGUUCGCGGGCCCAGGCACACCCAAAGCGCGCUCAAUACGCACUGCACCGUCGACCACACCAGUCGUGCCCGUGCCAUCGUAUCUCCUGGACACGGUGCAGUCCAACACUCCGUCGGGACCUCCGCCGGGAGGUCGAUCGGCCUUCAACAGCUCCUACAAUCCUGGCAAGAAGAACGCCGGUUAUGGAGUGCCGGACGAGUCUGAGUACUAUGAGGAUGAAGACGAAGACGUGGAGGCCGAGGACGACGACCUGUUUGGGAGGCAGUCUCUCUUGAGCUCGCGUGGACCAGCCCACUCACUGCGAAGUUCAAUAGGCGCAUCGCAGUCGCGAGGCAUCAAACGAGACCGCGGGGGACAGCCAAAGGAGACGCUGGAAAAGAAGCACGGCCCGGUCAUGAGGUUCAACACCAGAGGGAAGAAAGCGGCCCAGCUGAAGGAACCAGACCAUGUGAUACUGGAGAGCGAGCGCAUAGUCGACGACGUGAAUGCGAGGAUACAGCGACAGCCUGGCCAGCGUGAUGCACUUCUUGCGGAUGCCGCUUCACAACUGACAAAGCUGUGGAGCAAGGCCUCCAAGUCAGCCACCAAGCCCGGCGGCAUUGGACCAGAGUCGAGUGAUGGACUGACCAAGGCAAAUUACCUCGCGAGUCUGUUGCUCCAGCUCUACUAUCCGCAUUCCACCAAGGCGACGCCCGCGACUCGGAACCCUCGAUCGCUAACCACAACCGAACAAGCGCCCACAGCUGUGCCCGUACCGAAAGCGCUUCUCGAAUGGCUCGAGACGUACCACGUGCCGUUCCCGGACGACUAUGACUAUGUGCGAGACUACAACCCAGCUCCAUCUGCCCAGGAGUCGUUCUGGGACGUGGUGCUGGCGAACAUCCUCCGCGGCAAACUCGGUCGUGCUGUAGGCUUGCUGAAAGAUGCCGGCUGGGAGCACGCAUACACGGCAGAAGAGGACCAUGCAUACGAGGGCUACAACGAUCAGCAAUUGGAAUACAUCGACGAGGCGGUCGACGACUGCGUCAGGGUGCUUGAGGCAUGUCCUGGUCACAAAUACGAUGAUUGGGAUGUUCGGAGCCUGGAUUGGACCACAUACCGCCAGCGUGCUAAUGCCAUGUUCGAGAAGCUCGUUGUUCUAGCCGAAGGUGAUGGCGAGCAAGAGGGGAACAUGUUCGAGCGCAGUGUGCGAGGUGGAGGUCAGAGCCUUUCAAGCUCGGUGCGGAAAGCAGAAAGCAAGGUCCCUUAUACCAUAUACGACAACUUGAAGGUUGUGUACGGGAUUUUGUUGGGCUGCACUGAAGAGAUACUGAUGACAGCACAAGACUGGCUAGAAGGCUCACUGUACCUGACUAUCUGGUGGGAUGGCACGAGCGAAGAAGACAUGGGCGCAAGUCUCAGCAGGAGUAGUAUGCGAAGAAGCGCGAUACAGUCAGAUCGUUUGGUGGACGGGUUCCCUCUGGAUGCAUACCGACGGAGGUUAGCACGAGCUUUUGACGACAUUACAAAAGACGUCGAGGAGCCAAACAAGAACGAGAAGAAGGAUCCCGUCUUCGAGGUCGACACGCUGGACUCGAUACAGCUCGGGCUUGGAUGCGUGCUCGAAGGCAGCGUCACAGAAGCCGUGGAGCUACUUCGGACCUGGAGCAUGCCAAUCACCGUGUCAGUCGCAGAACUUGGUACCCUCGGCAGAUGGAUCCCUUGUGCACGACCAAGGAGUAGAGGUGGCUUCGAGUUUUCUAGGGACAAUCUCUUAGGCAUGUCCGCUCCUGGAGCGCCGCCACCGGAUGACCUCGACCUAGAUGAGCUUUUGAGCGAGUACGCAGAUCUGUUAUCCGCCAAGAGAGAGGUUGAUGCGAAAGAAGGCUGGGAGCUCUCAGUCGCGGUGCUGAAUCGACUUGAUCAAGCACCGGCUGCAGAAGAUAGGAUUGGUGAUCUGCUACAACGACUUGACUUAGCAGAAGAAGCUAGAGUUGGCAAGGUCUUGCAGGUCUGCGAUGAGCUUGGUCAGGUCGAGCAGCGUCGACAAAUCGCUGAGCGCUUUGCAGACUCGCUCGAUGAACAAGGCGUACAGGCAGCUGGCACAAUACUGACGUACUACGCUCGAGCACAAGCAGAUACGAAGCUGAAGGAGAGGAUAUCAACCCUGACAGCAUCAUGCCUAGCACAAUCCGCUGCAUUCCCACCGCAAAACGAGCUAGACGAGACUCUCGCCGCUCUCAUCAGCAAAGACCGACCAGCAAUGAAAGCGCUUGCCAAGGUUGACCUCGAGGCGGCCACUCUGCUAUCGUCACAACUUAGCGGAUACGCCACUCUUCGCAAGUACUACGAUCUCCGCGACCAAGAGAUCUACACCUCACAAGGCAUCCCCGUCGACCACCCACUCCGAUCCCUCGAGCGACGCCGAGCAGCCGCAUCCGCCCUCUUCGCCAUCAUCACAAGCGCCGCAGACUGCAUCUCCGGCGGUCUCUACGACCCAGAAGUAGAAUCCGUCAUUCCCGCCGACGGGAUCCUAACUCUACUCGGCGAAGCCCUCCCCCUUCUCGGCCAGCAGCUGAGAAUCUUCACCGAACAGCACGUCUACACCCUCCUCGCGAUCGUCGAAGCCUUCCACGCAAGCCCUUCGCGGAUACAGGAGAAUGCCGAUAGCUUACUCGCCACGACUCUGGAUCUGUAUAAAGAGGAGACGAGCACGGCGUCUGGGGUGUUCAAGAAAAAGAAGUCGAAGACGGAUUUGAGUGCGAGUAGUAGUUGGGAUAUGAUUGGCAGUGUCAUGGCGCAGAGCCAGAGCGGGAAGGGCGUGAAGACUGAGCGCGCUUGGGAUUGGAGACGGGGUCUUGUUGGGAGUGGGGAGGAUGUUGACAGAGCUUUGGUCGUACGCUUGGUGCGAGAGGGACUUGUUAAGGAGGUUGCUGGUGGUUGGGGUGGGAGGCUGAAUUGGUAG